UGAAGGAGGUCAAGACCAUUUCUCGCACCAUAGCAAAAACGUCAAAGUUCGCAACCCUUUUACAUAGCAGCUCACAAUUUAAAGAUAAGUUUGAGGCUGCAUUUGGCACCAAUAAAAGUGUUCCAGCUGCAAAUACAACUCGUUGGAACAGUACAUUUAAACAAGUACAGGCCCUUACAACUCUAGAACACAAAUCACUCAGUGAAAUGUGCAACAAAGACUAUGAGGAUGUCGUGUUCAGUGCGCGGGAGUGGAACCAGCUAAAGGAGCUAUGUAUAGUUCUUUCUCCAUUUGCUGAAGCAACAGAGCUGACCCAAGGGGAAAGAUCAGUGACUAUUAGUAUGGUGGUUCCAACUGUACUGGACUUGAACACACACCUCCUCAAGAUGGAGGAGACCCGAAUGCAGUGCCGGCCGUUGGUCAGAGCCCUCCAGCAGUCUCUGGUGAAAAGAUUUUCUGGAAUCUUUACAAAAACAAACAUGGCCAAAGACAGUGGAAGAGAGGAACCUUUUAACCAUGAUGUGUACUUCUUUGCUGCCAUGCUGGAUCCACAGUUUGGCUUAAGCUGGGUGGAUUUAGAUGUUACCAACGGAGGUAAUGCAGCAUCGGUGAAGAAGUUCAGAGAUGAACUUAAGAAGACACUGACAGACACAUUGAUCUUUGGGGUGGAGAACAUGGAGAGUACAGAUGACAAGUGCUCAGAAGCCAUGAAUGUGGAUCCAACCAGUCAUUCGCCACCAGCCAAAUGCCCUCGACUUCUGUCACGCUACAAGGCACAUAAGAAGCACAGCUCCUCUGUCCAGAAUUCAAGUAUUGCAACACAAUUAAACAGAUACUUUAAUGAUAUAAGAGACUGUGACAGUGACAAUGCUCUUGCCUUCUGGGGAGAAAACCAGUCCAAAUAUCCUCAACUGCACAAUUUGGCUUUGAAAGUGCUAUCCGUCCCUGCCUCCUCUGCACCAGUGGAAAGGGUUUUUAGUCGAGGAGGCAUUGUAAUGAGACCCCAUCGUGCACGUUUAGGUGCAAAAAUGCUGCAGUCUCUAAUCUUUCUGAAGUGCAAUGAAACCUUACUUUAAACUAAUUUUAUGUAUCACCUACUUUAUUUCAACCACUGUUCAACUACAUGGUUAUCCUUGUUCUCGAGUUUUGCCAUUGACGUUUUCUAAAGCUUUGGCGUAUUAUGAAACUGCUUCCAGUUGUAUAAUUUUAUUUUUGAAACGCAUGCAGUUGGGCCUCUAAAUGUCAGAUUUCUUUAUUAUGUAUGUUAUGUAUAAGUUGCUACAUCCAUUCAACAGCAGAGUUAAAGAUGCAGUAUGUAACUUUGUUAAAACAAAAAAAUAUCUUUGUAAAAGUUAUAUAGUUUUUUUUUAUAUAUUUAUGUCACUAUGUUGUGUCAGUAUGUUAUGAGACCGACAAGCUGUGAAAAUAUUGAGCUCCUCUGCCUUUUCUCCAUGUUCCCAGUGCUAACUGGAGAAAUACACUGCUUGGUCAAAAACAAACCAUCUGAUCCAGCAAAAGGGUCUUAGAACUGAUAAAAGUCAGUCAUGUUUUUGUGCACGUAUUUCAAUGGGGUUUGUAUUUCUGCAGAUGGCAGUAGUCGCUCAGGGAGGAAGUGAAGGAGAUCAAUCUUUUUUUCAACAAAUUAUCUGUCUCAUAACAUAUUGUCACAACUUAGUGAUAGAUAUAGAUUUAUUUAAGAAAAGUUAUAUAAUGUAGCUAUAAUCUGUAUACGAGAGAGAAAUGA